GCUUUUGUGGGCGUGGCAUCGUGUAAGGAAUCCUCCACUUAACUCGUUGUUCAUUGCUCCCCGGUCCGUGUCACCGAGCGGCCUGUAUCAGCACCACGGACACCCCCGGCACAAAGGAGCCCUCAAAACAGAACAUGUCCACUCCCAGCUGGAAACCCUUUAUAUAUGGAGGUUUAGCCUCCAUCACUGCUGAAUGUGGAACUUUCCCCAUAGAUUUAACGAAAACUCGUCUCCAGGUGCAGGGUCAGACUAAUGAUGUAAAAUACAAAGAAAUCCGCUACAGAGGAAUGCUCCAUGCACUUUCAAGAAUAUGUAGGGAGGAGGGAUUGAAAGCACUAUACUCUGGGAUUGCGCCAGCAAUGCUUCGCCAGGCUUCUUAUGGCACCAUUAAAAUUGGAACCUACCAGAGCUUAAAGAGAUUAUUUGUUGAUCGUCCAGAAGAUGAAACGCUAGUUCUGAAUGUAUUUUGUGGAGUUCUGUCUGGUGUGGUUUCUUCUUGCAUUGCCAACCCCACAGAUGUUUUAAAGAUAAGAAUGCAAGCCCAGGGCAGCCUUAUCCAGGGAGGAAUGAUUGGAAACUUCAUCAGUAUCUACCAGCAGGAAGGAACUAGAGGGUUAUGGAAGGGGGUUUCACUCACUGCACAAAGAGCAGCUAUUGUGGUUGGUGUGGAGUUGCCGGUGUAUGACAUCACCAAGAAACAUCUGAUCUUGUCUGGGCUGAUGGGAGACACCAUCUAUACUCACUUUCUGUCCAGUUUUACUUGUGGGUUAGCAGGAGCUCUUGCUUCAAAUCCUGUUGAUGUUGUAAGAACUAGAAUGAUGAACCAGAAAGUGGUAUGUGAUGCUGCCUCAAGUUACAAGGGCACCCUGGAUUGUUUAUUGCAGACUUGGAAGAAUGAAGGGUUUUCUGCUUUGUACAAAGGAUUUUGGCCAAACUGGUUAAGACUUGGACCAUGGAAUAUCAUUUUCUUUAUCACCUAUGAACAGUUAAAGAAACUGAAUCUCUAACGUUUGGACUACAUAAAGCUAGCCAAAUGAUUUAAAGUAUCACAAAACCACCAGGCAGCUCUGCAGCUGGCUCCCUGAUAUCCCAAUGAAACAUUUGAAUGUUUGCCCAGAGUACAGGUAUUGGAAGGAUGAAAACUAAACACACCAAAGCUUCGUGACUACUUUUUUUUGGAAGCUAUACAAGUUAAGGUCCAAUGCCGCAACGGAGGAUUUUUUUUUAUUUAUUAGUGCUUAUUCUCACAGGGAAUCCAGGAUUGUGUUAGAAGAUGGAGAUUAAGCGUUUUUCAUAAUGUAUUGGUGAAUGGAAGAACUAUCCAUUGUUGCACUGCCAAAAAGAAACCUUUAAAGUAUAUAUUUUUUACACCUGCAAAGUAAAAUGGAUUUUUGAAUGUAUGUAUGUUUGUUUGGUUUGUUUUUUUUGUUUU